AAUUAAGAGAAAGAGAGAAAGAUUUAAUUAAAUUUACAAUAAUUAAACUUAUUUAAGUAAAUUAACUAUUUCUAUUUUGACGUAAUUGUUUUACUCGAUUUAACUUUCAGAAAGAAUUUAGAUUGGCUGACUACUUUAUUGAAGAACACGCUAGACAUGUCGAUUAUUUAAAUUUAUAUCGCAAAAAUUUGGUUAAUCUUUUAGAAACCGUCAUAAAUAUAAAAUUGCAUUUUUAUAACAUUAAUAAUUCAGGAAUUUUGUAAGCAAUAAAUAUUUGUGAAAUAGAAAUUGUAAUAUGCUUGAUGUAAAGUUGAAUUCACUAACACAAUAAUGGGUACACUCAAUUUAAGAAUUUUGAAAAUUAUGUACAACGAUAUUAUAUCACCUUCUCCUUUGACUAUAAAGUUUCUCUUCUCCCGCUUGAUAUACAGAAAUCCAUUAAAUGUGCAAUUGUAUUAUUUAUCAUUUCAAAGAAAAUGCGGAUACAAUGAAUCUAUAGAAGAUAUUAAAAAAAUUGUUCAACAAACUUGAUAUACUGCGGUGCAAUAUUUUUCAUCUCUUGUCUUAUUAGACUAUUUAUAAACGGUUUUUAUGAUUAUAAAGUUAUGGCUGUUAUGCUUGCAAAGUUUUUUCUUACGAUGCCAACAGCUGUAAUCAAUUAUAGAGGGGAUAGCGUUUUCAAUAUUUAAUACCGCGUUUGACGGAGAUGUUAAAUUUUCGAUGGAAGGUGAAUAUCACUUCACAUUAUGAGAGAAAAAACAACUCUUCACAUUAGUUUUAAACAUGGAUAUUGUAGAAUCUUCAGGUUAUAGAGGUGAUAAAAUACUACCGUAAUAUAGUAAUACUAUAUACGUUUUCCUCUUAUUUCGCGCAAUCUGCAUAUUAAAUAACUGAAUUAUUAUAAUUUAGCUAUAAAAUCUAUUAAUGUUUAUUAUAUUUAUAUUUAUCGCAAUUUUUAUAAUAAAUUUAUCAGAUUUUGAGUGGGCAGUUGAAAUACAUCGUUUAGGUCUGGAAACAAUGGGCUUAUGGCCUAAAUAUGAUAAAUACAAUGAGAAUAAUUUAUGGCUGAAACUUCGUGUAGGCAUUAUUUUAAUUUUAUUAAUAUUUAUUACUAAUGUUCCAAUGAUACAUGCGAUUGUACAAGUUUGGGGCAAUAUGGUACUGGUGAUAGAAAAUUUACGUAUUGCGAUACCUUUGCUAAUAACAUCAGUGAAAUACAUUAUUAUGCUAUGGAAACAAACAGUUUUUUUGUCGAUCAUAAAUAUGAUGGUGGAAGAUUGGAUGGUUUUCAAACUGAAUACAGAAAGAGCCAUAAUGAUAAAACGAGCACAAACUGCUAGAUUAAUCAUGAUCAUUGGAUACAUUAUUACAGUAAUGGUGCUUCUUUUAUGGACCAUUUCCUCUUCUUUUGGCAUACAAACAGUAUUAGCAAUGAAUUUCACGGAUCGACGCAAGUUUUUACCAUUAUUUGCAUACCAUUUUUAUGACGUGAAUAAAAGCCCACAAUUUGAAUUGACAUUUUUUAUUCAAACAAUAUCAAUGCUGUUUGCAAUUACUAUUUAUAUGUCUGUAGACGCACUUUUAGUAUUAAUGGUUCUUCAUAUUUGUGGCCAAUUGGAAAACUUUAGAUGCCAAUUAGUUAAUUUAAUCUCAUGCAAUAAUUUCAACAAAACUUUAAAUGACAUCGUAAUGUCACAUUUACGUAUAAUCAGGUAUAAAUUUUUAUUAUAAUAACAAAGUACACAAAAUAUAUCACAAAAUAAGUUUUAUAAUAGAGGAGAAGAUAGUAAUAUAGCUAACCAUUUAUUGUACAUUUUGUACAAUAACUUUAUUAAUAAUUCAUAUUUUUAAUCAAAACUUUACAAUUAUAUUCAUAAAAGUGUUGUUCAUUAGAUUUUUAAUUCAAAAUUAUGAAAUAUUCACUAUAUUAUAUGUAUUAUUUACAAAAAUGUAGCGACAAUGCAUAAUAGGUCGAAGAGAAACAGGGAGAGUAAUAUAGCCACGAGAAAAAAAGAUGUAAAAAAUUGGUUUUGUUUAAAAAAAUAAUAUUUUGUUAGAAAAUUAUAUGUUUAUGUAAAAUAAAUUGUUAUAUUAAAACAAAUAAUUUUUUUCAUUUAUGAUUAACGGGAAUUAAAUAAAAAUAAAAAUAAUCUUUAAAUUGAAAGAACGAAUUGUUAAAUAUUUGACGAACAACAAGAAUGCUCGCGAGCGUUACAAACGUUAAGUAGAAUGCAAAAUAUAUUGUGCUAUAAUUACAGAAAAAAAUAAAAUAUUGCACAAUACAUACUUUUACACAUAACCUCUUCCUUUUGUCACAAGACAUACUCGAUAUGUAUACUGUCACGUAAAUGAUUAAUACCACAGCGACAAUCAAUUUAAUGAUGAAUUAUCUCGAUAUUGAGAUCUCGAAAAUGACCAUAUUACCAACACGCUUAGAUAUUAACAAAAUCCUAUAUUACUAUUUAAUUUUAUAUAACUCGAGAUAUGUACAGCCAAAUAAAAAGUUAAAUACUCAAGUGUAUAUA